GUGGAUAAAUCUCCAGACUUCGAGGAAGACAUACCUGAGACAGUAUUGCAAUCAUGGGGGAAUGGGGCCUCCUUGGUGUACUCUUUGAUAACCUCCAGGAACACUCGACUCUGCUUGGUCGUUUCUGGCUCUUACUCAUGCUCGUGUUUAGGAUACUGAUCCUGGGAACUGUUGCCAGUGACUUGUUUGAGGAUGAGCAAGAGGAGUUUGCCUGCAACACCCUCCAGCCAGGCUGCAAACAGGUGUGCUACGACAUGGCCUUCCCUAUCUCCCAGUACAGAUUUUGGGUCUUUCACAUCGUCCUCAUCGCCACACCUUCCCUGGUUUUCCUCAUGUAUGCCAUGCACCACCGUCACAAGAGGAACAGCAACUCAAAAACCAAAAGUGAAAAAAGCAGCCAGGGCAGCAGAGUAGACCUCGAUUUAAGGAGGCUCUACAUUAUCAACGUGACCUUCCGCUUAGUGGCAGAAGUUGGCGUUCUGGUGGGCCAGUGGUGGCUGUACGGCUUCAAGGUGGAGGCCCAGUUCCCCUGUACCCGCUUUCCUUGCCCCUACACAGUGGACUGCUUCACCUCCCGCCCUGCAGAGAAAACAGUCUUCCUCUGCUUCUACUUCAUUGUAGGGGUGAUAUCAGCACUAUCCAGUUGUGCAGAGCUUUUCUACAGCUCCAUGAAGUGGUUUUGCUCAAGCCAGGGGCCCUUCCUUCCCCAGUAUCACCGCAGCUUCGAGCGAGAGGAGGCAGAGGCGCAGGAGAAAGCAAAGAGAAAAACAGUGUUGGGGAGCACGCCCAGCAGUGUGAGGCUGAACGGAGGAUCGCUGAGGAGCAGCAGCACUAGGGAGGCCUCCAGCAUUGGCCACAAGCACAGGAGUGGAAAACAUAAGAGAAGCAGGACAUUCAUGGUGUGA